AUGAUUGGAGGCCAACUGUGUGAUCUGCAAAAUCGCCCAAGUCAUAUCAUCCAGCCAUUAAACCAACAUGAAGACCCUUCAAAUAAUGCUAUUCCAAGGACAGUUGUACUCAUCAGGACAAACUAUUCUGUACAUAAAAUCAGUGUUCUUCAAGAGUAUUAUUCACAAGACAGCGCUGUAAAUAGAACUGUACUCUCUUCACAUCACUACGCUUCUAAAGAACCCUACGCCAAGGUUAAUCUUACUUAUAAGGGCAAAACAUUCCACAAAUCAUGCUCUUGUUGGUAUAGUAGCAGUCCAGGUCAUCCAUAUAACUCGAUUACUAGUACCUUCAUAGAACAGUACUAUGCGGACAUUCAGACUCCUCACCAUUGA